GAUUUCAUCAAUGGCGAGACAAAAGAGCCAAGGUGCGCCCAAUGCACAAAUGCUAAAGGAAACAAUCAGUCUCCUUUGCGACCGUCAGGAUUAGAAGACAGCCUGAGUCCUUCCAGGAAAUUCAUGUAAGCAGGUCCCCAGAACUCGCUGACAAACACUGCAGCCGAAGGCGGGUAUGAGGCCAAGAAAGGCCAAGGAACCACUGCGACCCCUCCAGGAAGGCGUGGGGACGGCCGAGCACAACUAGGCACAAAGGAACCCAAGUCUCGCGUGCUUAUUGGCCCUGGCCACUUAACGCUAGAUGGACGGACCUGGACGCCAGCCAAUCUCACCACAGCGUGCGAGAGUGGGCGGAGCGGUGCAGGGCAGUGGGGAUCGCCCGGCGGCAGGCAGGAGACAACAGGAGGGAAAGGCAGUGUGUGAUGAGUUUCUCAAGAAGGAAUGGAAGGAAGGGGAGCCGACAAGUCCACAUUCACCACAUCUGCGUUGGCGAGUGCUAGUGAUGCGCAUGCGCAAAAGGAAGACCCUGAUUGGCUUGUGGGACGGUCUCAAUGUCCUGUCCUAACCAAUCCAGAUGCGCCGGGGGUGGGGCCUGGCUCUCACUGGCCGGUGCAGCCGCUGCGCGCGGGUUUCGUUGCCCCGCGGCGUUCGCCGGAGUUGUUCGCUUUAGUGCCGGCGCCAUGGGGUCGGAGCUGAUCGGGCGCCUGGCCCCGCGCCUGGGCCUCGCCAAGCCCAACAUGCUGAGGAAAGCAGAGGAGUACUUGCGCCUGUCCCGGGUGAAGUGUGUUGGCCUCUCUGCACGCACCACGGAGACCAGCAGUGCAGUCAUGUGCCUGGACCUUGCAGCUUCCUGGAUGAAGUGCCCCUUGGACAGGGCUUAUUUAAUUAAACUUUCUGGUUUGAACAAGGAGACGUAUCAGAGCUGUCUUAAAUCUUUUGAGUGUUUACUGGGCCUGAAUUCAAAUAUUGGAAUAAGAGACCUAGCUGUACAGUUUAGCUGUACAGAAGCAGUGAACAUGGCUUCAAAGAUACUAAAAAGCUAUGAGUCCAGUCUUCCCCAGACACAGCAAGUAGAUCUUGACUUAUCCAGGCCACUUUUCACUUCUGCUGCACUGCUUUCAGCAUGCAAGAUUCUAAAGCUGAAAGUGGAUAAAAACAAAAUGGUAGCCACAUCCGGUGUGAAAAAAGCUAUAUUUGAUCGACUGUAUAAACAACUAGAGAAGAUUGGACAGCAGGUCGACAGAGAACCUGGAGAUGUAGCUACUCCACCACGGAAGAGAAAGAAGAUAGUGGUUGAAACCCCAGCAAAGGAAAUGGAGAAGGUAGAGGAGAUGCCACAUAAGCCACAGAAAGAUGAAGAUCUGACACAGGAUUAUGAAGAAUGGAAAAGAAAAAUUUUGGAAAAUGCUGCCAGUGCUCAAAAGGCUAUAGCAGAGUGAUUUCAGCUUCCAGACUGGUAUACAUUCCAAACUGAUAGUACAUUGCCACCUCCAGGAAGACUUGAUGGCUUUGGGAUUUUGUUUAAACUUUUAUGAUAAGGAUCCUAAGACUGUUGCCUUUAAAUAGCAAAGCAGCCUACCUGGAGGCUAAGUCUGGGCAGUGGGCUGGCCCCUGGUGUGAGCAUUAGACCAGCCACAGUGCCUGAUUGCUAUAGCCUUAUGUGCUCUCCUACAAAAUGGAAUUGGAGGCCGGGUGCAGUGGCUCACGCCUGUAAUCCCAGCACUUUGGGAGGCCGAGGUGGGUGGAUCACCUGAGGUCAGGAGCUCGAGACCAGCCUGGCCAACAUGGUGAAACCCCAUCUUUACUAAAAAUACAAAAAUUAGCCAGGUGUGGUGGUGCAUGCCUGUAAUCCCAGCUCCUCAGUAGGCUGAGACAGGAGCAUCACUUGAACCUGGGAGGCAGAGGUUGCAGUGAACCGAGAUUGCACCACCGCACUCCAGCCUGAGUGACAGAGCGAGACUUAUCUCCUAAAUAGAUAGAUACUCCAGCCUGGGUGACAGAGUGAGACUUAUAGAUAGAUAGACAGAUAGAUAGAUAGAUAGAUAGAUAGGUAGAUAGAUAGAUAGAGAGAUAGAGAGAUAGAUAAAUGGAAUUGGAGCCAUUUUGCUUUAAGUGAAUGGCAGUCCCUUGUCUUACUCAGAAUAUAAAAUUCAGUCUGAAUGGCAUCUUACAGAUUUUACUUCAGUUUUUGUGUAAGGUAUUUUUUAUUUGACUAAAUCAAUAUAUUGUACAGCCUAAGUUAAUAAAUGUUAUUUGUAUAUGCA